AUGGCAAGUGUAAGACCUGGCAAGCAACAUGGCAAGUGUAAGACCUGGCAAGCAACAUGCAAUUCUAAGACUGAUAAGCAACAUAGCAAUUCUAAGACUGAUAAGCAACAUAGCAAGUCUAAGACUGGCAAGCACUAUAGCAAGUCUAAGACUGGCAAGCACUAUAGCAAGUCUAAGACUGACAAGCAAUACAGCAAGUCUAAGACUGGCAAGCAAUAUAGCAAGUCUAAGACUGGCAAGCACUAUAGCAAGUCUAAGACUGGCAAGCAAUAUAGCAAGUCUAAGACUGACAAGCAAUACAGCAAGUCUAAGACUGGCAAGCAAUAUAGCAAGUCUAAGACUGGCAAGCACUAUAGCAAGUCUAAGACUGGCAAGCACUAUAGCAAGUCUAAGACUGGCAAGCACUAUAGCAAGUCUAAGACUGGCAAGCACUAUAGCAAGUCUAAGACUGGCAAGCACUAUAGCAAGUCUAAGACUGGCAAGCACUAUAGCAAGUCUAAGACUGGCAAGCACUAUAGCAAGUCUAAGACUGGCAAGCACUAUAGCAAGUCUAAGACUGGCAAGCACUAUAGCAAGUCUAAGACUGACAAGCACUAUAGCAAGUCUAAGACUGGCAAGCACUAUAGCAAGUCUAAGACUGGCAAGCAAUAUAGCAAGUCUAAGACUGACAAGCAAUAUAGCAAGUCUAAGACUGGCAAGCACUAUAGCAAGUCUAAGACUGACAAGCACUAUAGCAAGUCUAAGACUGGCAAGCACUAUAGCAAGUCUAAGACUGGCAAGCACUAUAGCAAGUCUAAGACUGGCAAGCAAUAUAGCAAGUCUAAGACUGACAAGCACUAUAGCAAGUCUAAGACUGGCAAGCAAUACAAGUCUAAGACUGGCAAGCAAUAUAGCAAGUCUAAGACUGGCAAGCAAUAUAGCAAGUCUAAGACUGGCAAGCAAUAUAGCAAGUCUAAGACUGGCAAGCAAUAUAGCAAGUCUAAGACUGGCAAGCAAUAUAGCAAGUCUAAGACUGGCAAGCACUAUAGCAAGUCUAAGACUGGCAAGCAAUAUAGCAAGUCUAAGACUGGCAAGCAAUAUAGCAAGUCUAAGACUGGCAAGCAAUAUAGCAAGUCUAAGACUGGCAAGCAAUAUAGCAAGUCUAAGACUGGCAAGCAAUAUAGCAAGUCUAAGACUGACAAGCAAUACAGCAAGUCUAAGACUGGCAAGCAAUAUAGCAAGUCUAAGACUGGCAAGCAAUAUAGCAAGUCUAAGACUGGCAAGCACUAUAGCAAGUCUAAGACUGGCAAGCACUAUAGCAAGUCUAAGACUGGCAAGCAAUAUAGCAAGUCUAAGACUGGCAAGCAAUAUAGCAAGUCUAAGACUGGCAAGCAAUAUAGCAAGUCUAAGACUGGCAAGCAAUAUAGCAAGUCUAAGACUGGCAAGCAAUAUAGCAAGUCUAAGACUGACAAGCAAUACAGCAAGUCUAAGACUGGCAAGCAACACAACAAACCCAGAGAGACUCGGAGACAUAAGUUUGCUCUUCAACGUAGGAAAUGA